CUAGGGUUUUAAGUUUUAACCACCUCUCUCUCUCUCUCUUUCAGUGUGUGAAGUAGUGAAGUAGGAAAUGGCGGAAGCAGCUGAUACCCAUCAGAGUAUCGACGGGGAAGAGAAAACAGCAUUGAAAGUUAUGGAUGUGGAAACCAGUGAGACUGUUCAAAAUCCAAAUCCCUCCGAAGAACACCAGUCGAACGGGGACGAAAAACUGGAAUUGAACGGUGAUCAGCCGUCUACGAAUACCUUAAAUGGAGAUUUGAAGCGAACGAGAGAAGACGGUAAUGAGCCAGAAGAAGAUGACGGCGCUUCGAAGAAACAGAAGGUCGAGAAGUCCGUUGAAGAAGUGCGUCUCGAGAACUUGGGGCAAGACGAUCAGAAUGAGGAACCCCAAGAAAAAGGAGAGGAAGGUAAGAAAUCUGGUCCUGUGAGUCUCGGCCCGAAGACUUUCAGUUCGUCGGAGGAUAUGUUCAAUUAUUUCUACAAUUUCAUCCAUCACUGGCCUCCUAAUCUCAAUGUUAACAAGUAUGAGUACAUGGUGUUGCUUGACUUACUGAAGAAGGGCCAUGUGGAGGCAGACAAGAAGAUUGGUGGAGGGGUCAAUGCUUUCCAGGUCCGCUACCACCCAAUUUGGAAGAGCCGGUGUGUCUUUCUCAUCAGGCAUAAUGAAUCUGUUGAUGACUUCAGCUUCAGGAAGUGUGUAGAUCACAUACUCCCCUUGCCUGAUAACAUGAAGCCCAAUUCAGAUGCCAGUAAGGCAUUGGGUGGACCCCAUCAUAAGGGCAGAGGUGGAUAUGGUGGUGGUGGUGGUGGUGGAGGUGGAGGAAGAGGCAGUGGUGGGAGGAGAGGUGGGCGUGGCCGUGGAAGAGGUGGUGGUCGAUCGAGAUAUUAGUUGAGGGAAGCUACCUGUUAGUAACCAUUGGUGGGUAUCAUUGCAGUGGAAAGUUUAAAGGUAUAAAAGUUAAUGUUAUCGCUUCACUUCCUCUUCUAUCAUAUGUAACCGUCUAAAUUUUGACUAUUUUUGAGCAUAUCUUUUUUUCCUUGGAUGUUCAUUCCAACCUCCUGCCAGUGAGUCUUUGAGAUGACUGGAAUUAGCAAAUAUAAGGCAAUCUUAUA